CUCUUUUGGUGAAGAUUUUGAUGGAGGUUCUAAUAGGGAUCCAGAAACUUGGAAAGUAAUUUCUCUUCUUAGAGGUUCACUCUCUGAAAUCAUGGAUCUUGCAUGGUCUCCUGAUGGAGAAUAUAUAAUUGCAGCUUGUACUGAGGGAGCUGCUCGGAUUUGGCGCGUGAGAGAUGCGUCUUGUGUAUGUAUUUUGAUGGAUCAUGUCCGAAACGUUCAAGGAGUUGCAUGGGAUCCCCUCGGAGAAUAUAUUGCUACUCAAGGUUGCGAUCGAUCUGUUCACGUCUAUUCUUAUAGUAUUCAUCCAAAUGGUGCUUUUGUAGCAACGCAUUUUAGCAAGAAUUAUCGAGUGGAAAUUUCAUGCAAGAACGAUGAUUUCAAACCAACCAAUAUCUCUGUAAAUGAUCAAACAAACACUUUCAAUAAUUACUCUUCAAGUGAGGUCCCCAUCACACAAAAUUCUGUUUUUAAUAAUGGUCAGAUGAAGAAUGAAAUAGAUUGUUUAGACAAUUCAACAACUGAUGAGGCCCCAAAAGAUAAUCAAACACGUCAAGAAGUCGAUCAUUUAAGUAGCUCUAAGUCAGAUGAUGAAUGCCCGAAUAAGCUUUUGUCAAGCGACACUCAAGAAAAUGGAAACUCUCAUUUAGUGGAGUGUUCGGAAGUUUCAGAAUUCAAACACGUGCAAUAUUUAACUCCCACAUCCAAAAAUUUAGACAAAGUUAUUCAUAGACCGUAUAAAAAGCGUUUUCGUUUAUACUGUGAAGAGGCAGUUAAUACUUUUUUCAGGCGAUUAACUUUUACUCCUGAUGGGGGACUCUUGCUAACACCAGCCGGUCAAUACAGAGAAUCUAUUAUUGAUUUAAUGCAUAAUAAAGAAAGUAGAUUUCGUGCCGAUAGCACUAUGCUUAAUACAGUUUAUUUAUUUGCUCGAAACAGAUUGAACAGGGCUCCUAUUGCCUAUUUAUCAGGAUAUAGGAAACCUUCUAUCGUGGUAAAAUGUAAUCCAGUGUUAUACAGGUUGAGGUUCGAUCGACAAAAUGGUCACCUACAAGGUGACAAGAGCUCAUCUUUGAAUGAUUCCAAUGAAAACCUAAAUAGUACAUCGCCACAUAAUCAUUGUCGUUUAUUUGAUUUACCUUACCGGAUUAUAUACGCUGUUGCAACUCAAGAUUCUAUAUUUAUAUAUGAUACGGAACAGUAUAGUCCGUUGGCCAUGGCAACAAAUCUACAUUACGCCUCAAUCUCAGACUUGGAUUGGUCACCAGAUGGGAAUUCACUCUUGCUUGCAUCUCAGGACGGAUAUUGUUCUAUCAUGACAUUUCACGAUGGUGAACUGGGAGUACAAUAUGAUGAAUAUAAUCCAAUUAAAAAUAAUCUUCCCGUUGUUGGGCUAGUUUCUCUUCCGGCUGAUUUUACCGUAAAUAAUCAGACUCCGGCUACACCAAAUGUCUUGACGUCGCAAAAAGAUCAUAAUCGUGCUGGCGAUACGCGAAAUAUUCAACAGAACCCCACGUUAAUAUCUGUGAAUCCCGAUCCUAUAUAUCAGCAAUCAAGCAAUUACAUAAAUCAGACCGAAUACGAA